CGCAGCUUGCGGGGAGGUGGGCGUGAGGUGCUGUUCUCGGGGGAAGGGGUUUCAGCCCCCUCCUCCGCUCGCCUUGCCGCGCCGCCGGGCGGUACCGGGGGGUGCCAGAGCACACAGCCCGGUGGUGGAAAGGCCAAGGUGAACGCAGCAGGAGGAGUGUGUGAAGCCCGAGCGCAGCCGGUGGUCCCAGUCCUGCCCCCGGUGCUGCUGCGGCAGUUAAGCCGCCCUUGCAGCAACAGCAGCAGCAGCAGCAGCGAGAGGGUUCUCUCUGAUGAAAAAUCACACCCCCGCGAAGUCCGGCUCUUCCGAACGCUGCCUGCCCAGUUUUGCUUUAACAGAAAUUACUCGAAACACCACUUGAAUCAAGAUGCCAACAUUUCGGACCUCUCUCUUUUCCAAAGAGCUCAAUGACACCCGGAAAGAAGUUACAGGGUCUCGUAGCGGCUACAGUCACUCCCAUGACUCCUGAUGGACAAAUUAACCCUUCGGUGAUUUGUCAGUACGUGGAUUACCUGGUAAGAGAGCAGAACGUGAGGAACGUUUUUGUGAAUGGAACAACAGGAGAAGGGCUGUCUCUUAGUGUCCAGGAGCGGAAGCAGCUAGCAGAAGAAUGGGUGCACCAAGGAAAAGACAAAUUGGAUCAUGUGGUCGUUCAUGUGGGAGCACUAAGUCUGGCAGAGUCCCAAGAGCUGGCAAGGCAUGCAGCAGCUAUAGGUGCCAGUGGUAUUGCUGUAAUAGCCCCUUUCUUCUUCAAACCCACACACAAAGUUCGUGUUGAGGAGAUGCUGGAUGGAAUAAAAGAGCAGAUCCCCACCUUCCAGGGUGUGAAGUUCAGUGACACAGACCUCUUGGACCUUGCACAGUGUGUGAACAAGAAUGAGAGAGAACAGUUUGCAUUUCUUUAUGGAGUGGAUGAGCAACUGUUGAGUGCACUGGCAAUAGGGGCAGAUGGAGCAGUUGGAAGUACAUACAACUAUUUGGGCCAGAAAACUAAUCUGAUGUUGCAAGCCUUUGCAAAGCCAGACCUUGUGUUAGCACGGAAGUAUCAGUUUCUCAUUGGGGAAUUUCUCAGUUUUGUCAUCAAAUUAGGUUUUGGUGUUGCUCAGACUAAAGCUGUGAUGACUUUUGUUUCUGGCAUUCCCAUGGGACCUCCAAGGCUUCCACUUGUUGAUGCCUCCGAGGAGUUCACUGUCAAGGCCAAAGCCAAGCUGGAGAGCAUCCUGUGGCCUGAUGGUCACUGAUGGCCACUCCUGUGACCAUCUGGAAGUGGAGGCUCCUUUUCUGGGAUUCACUUGGCACACUCCCCACAUCCAGGGCUGUGAUUCUGUUGGACACGUGCCUGAGCCCCUUCCUGUCAGGGCUGGCCUGGUUGGCACAUGUGUAGUCACCUUUCUGUGUCACCUCCCUCACUGUGCUCACCUGGAGCACUGCACAUCCUAGGACUAACUGGUAUCUUUUACUAAAAAAUAAAUGAACAAGCACAUUUUCCCCA